UCAAGACUGAAAAAAUCAGUGCUGAACUGUAGCCAGAGCCAACUGCACCCCAUGAUACCAUGUGUGUCGGGUUUACAGCCAACCGAUAACAGACUGAUUAAUAAUUAAGCUCCAGAUGGAGACCAGUGAUUAUCAUGCCUGUGUCGGGUUAACCAGCAGGAUCGACAGACAGAGGAACUUGUACAGGACAACUGCUGGAGGACCCAGUGUCUUUAACACAGUCUGGGAGAUCAGAAUCAACAUGUCUGUCAGUCUCACUACAGCUGCAGGCAGCAGCUCCUCGGCGAUCACCACGCCAGCCUCUCCUGGCACAGGUACCAGUUUGGAUGCUGCCGACAUCGCUGUGGUUGUAGUCUACUUCGUCUUUGUCAUGGUGGUUGGGAUCUGGUCAUCAGCGCGAGCCAAUCGCAGCACCGUACAGGGCUACUUCCUGGCUGGCCGUUCAAUGACGUGGUGGCCUAUUGGAGCCUCUCUGAUGUCCAGUAACGUUGGCAGCGGUUUGUUUAUCGGUUUAGCAGGAACAGGAGCAGCAGGAGGAAUCGCUGUGGGGGGAUUUGAAUGGAACGCAGCAUGGGUCCUGGUGGCACUGGGCUGGAUCUUUAUACCUGUCUACAUCUCUGCUGGUGUGGUGACCAUGCCUGAGUACCUGGCCAAGCGCUUUGGAGGCCAGAGGAUACGCAUCUACAUGUCUGUUCUGUCACUCAUCCUCUACAUCUUCACCAAAAUAUCAACAGAUAUAUUUUCAGGGGCCAUGUUUAUCCAGAUGUCCUUGGGCUGGGACCUCUAUCUGUCCACAGGCGUACUGCUGCUGGUCACUGCUGCUUACACUGUUGCUGGUGGUUUAACAGCAGUGAUCUACACGGAUGCCUUUCAGACCGUGAUCAUGGUUGGUGGAGCCUUUACUCUUAUGUUCAUAGCAUUCUCCAAAGUGGGCUGGUAUGACGGCCUUGUGGAGAGUUACAUGUCAGCUGUUCCCUCGAUGACCGUUGCCAACACCACCUGCCACCUACCUCGCAGGGACGCCUUCCGCCUGUUCAGGGACCCCGUGUCAGGGGACCUGCCCUGGCCAGGUCUGGUGUUUGGGCUGACGGUGCUGGCUACAUGGGUCUGGUGUGCGGAUCAGGUUAUAGUCCAGAGGUCUCUUUCUGCCAAGUCUUUGUCUCAUGCCAAAGGAGGCAGUGUGUUGGGAGGCUACCUCAAACUGCUGCCCAUGUUCUUCGUUGUGAUGCCCGGCAUGAUCAGCCGAUCGCUGUUCCCAGAUGAGGUAGCCUGUGUGGAUCCAGCAGUAUGUCAGGUUGUGUGUGGAGCAUCAGUUGGCUGCUCCAACAUUGCCUACCCUAAACUGGUGGUGGAGCUGAUGCCUGUGGGUCUGCGCGGCCUGAUGCUAGCAGUGAUGCUAGCUGCUCUGAUGUCAUCUCUGACCUCCAUCUUUAACAGCAGCUCCACUCUGUUCACCCUGGACCUCUACCACAAAGCCAGGCCUCAGGCCUCAGAGAGGGAGCUCAUGGUGGUUGGAAGGGUGUUCAUCCUGGUCUUGGUAUGCGUUAGUCUGUUGUGGAUUCCGGUCAUCCAAACAGCCAACAGUGGACAACUGUUUGAUUAUAUCCAAUCGGUCACCAGCUUUCUAGCUCCGCCCAUCACUGCUGUAUUCCUAAUGGCUGUCUUCUGGCCACGUGCCAACGAGCAGGGGGCAUUCUGGGGUCUGAUGGUUGGACUGGUGGUUGGACUGACCCGCAUGGUUCUGGAGUUCUCCUAUGAGACUCCAUCGUGUGGUCAGCCUGACGGUCGGCCAGCCGUCCUGGCUGAUGUCCACUACCUGUACUUUGCUCUCAUCCUAUUGGCUCUCACCUUCCUCAUCAUUGCUGCUGUCAGCUUGGCCACAGCCCCUGUACCUAAAGAACAUCUGUACAGGCUCACCUGGUGGUCCAGACACAGCCGAGAGCCUCGUAUCGACCUCACACAACCCCCGACGACCUCUGUUCCUGCAGGCCUCCCCCCCCAGCCCGGAUCCUGUUGGCGCAGAGCAGCUCUGAGGCUCUGCGGUCUGACUGGGGCCAGUUCUGCCUCGGUGUCUCAAGAGGUUGAACACAGCGAGCUGAACUCCUUGCAGGAGGCGCCGCUCUGGAGGAGAGUGUGCGAUGUGAACGCCCUGCUACUGCUGGCUGUUAACGUCUUCCUCUGGGGAUAUUUUGCAUAAUAACUUGUUAUCAGAUGGAUGUAUCGGAGAGGGGUUAAACCAAUCAGCUGUGUCUAGAAGAGACAGUUCACUAGUUAAGACAUUUAGUAAUACUGAUCAUGGGGAUCAGUAUUACUAGAUGUCCUUCCACUGUUAAGGUCUAUAAUUUACUUUUUUACACAAACAAAGACAGCAGACUGAGGACCUGAGGGACAUUUUAGAUACCACUAGAACAGGGGUGCUCAAUACGUCGAUCUCCAAGGUACUAUGGGUAGAUCGCAUGACAAGGUGAGGUGACAUUGUCAUGAACUGACGCUAUACAAAUAAAGUUGAGUUGUUUUGAAUUAAAAAACUAGACGUCAGCCUAUCAGCCAUCCCGUCACUUGAUUGAUACACAGGACGACCAGUCAGAUGACAUCUGAUUUUUUUCCCCCGUACAAUUAGGUCACUGUGCGUGUUCAAACAACGCCCCUGAGCGCUGCAAAGCUAACAAGCUAGUCAUUAGUUACAUCCUCAUUUUUCGCUCGUUUUUUUCCUCUUAAACGUAAGAUAGGGUAUAAAAAUGAGUGGGGGUGCUGGACCAAGUAAAAAGAAAAAAACCUAUCACUUUCAUACGGAAUGGGAGGAGGACUUUUUUUUCACGAUGACAUUUUCAAAGUGCGUUUGUCUCGUCUGCCAGUCUACCGCCGUUUCCGUUGGUGCCUUUACCCCCUGAUCAGCUGGAUAUAUCUUGACGCGUGCAGUUUGUAAAGAUAAGUAGAAGUUGAUCCGGUGCAAUGACCAUUUAUUACUCUUAAUGUAUAAACCAAAAACAUGAGGUGAAAAUAACAAACUAUUAAACUGAAGCAGUCCGUUAUACGGUGGGAGACGGACCCUCAUGUCACUCCACACGGUCAAAGACGGUUUCCCUCUCAGGCCUCUGCUGUGUCUUCUUGUCUUUAAAGCCUUUCCUUGGGCUCCAACUUCAGCCUCCCAACAGUCCUCUAGGUGGCGUACACAGACCUGUGGCCAUAUGACUCGUCUCACACACACAAACAUGAAAUAUAGCUCAAUAUGGCUCCUACAUUCCCAAUAGUCUAUUUUCUUCAUUUCAUAGCUUUAGCUCAUGUUGAGAUUAGUUUUUGUCUUCGAGCUUUCAUCCAAUCAUAUUUCAGCCACCAUGUGUUGCCGGGCGGGAUUUUUUAAACCCACAAUGGUGGAGAAGAGAUUUGCUAGCAGAUAUACUUCUACACCAUUUUCAAGAGACCUGAGAAAAGCUGGGUGAUUCAUGUGAAGAAAUGAGACAAAUAUUUACGCCUGUUUCCCAGAAUUUGGCAAUGAAGUGUUUAUUAUCUUUUCACAAGAAAAAGAACUUUACAAAGUAACAAUUCAACACCAGACUCAAACUCUUUUUAUACUGUUACCAAAUAAUGGAGAAGUCUGACAAUGGCGCCCAUUGGUGGGGGUGCUACAUUAACAUGUCCACGGGUUUGGCUCUCAGUGUGGAGCGACUCAUGAAGAAUGAGACAAGGACGUACAGGGAAUCAGAAAACUGGUCCUUCCUCAGGACAGAUGUGUCCAACAACCAUGGAGGGGGUGGAAUGGGUGAUUCAUUUAGUUUGGGUCUUUCUUUUAGCUCUGGGAAUCGCCACCACUAAAUAUGUUCUGAAAAUCUGAGGCCUUAGCAGGAGCUCCACUUCCUGAGGCUCUCACCUCGUGGCCUCCAUCUUGUUCCGUUACAAUGAUUAGUGAGAGCCGGACUAAGAACGGAAUUGGAGGCUGAUGGUUCAAAAGAGUUUGGUACCAAAACAUGUCGACAAGUAUUCUUUUCACAAACAUUUAUUUUUGCUUUGUGACCAAACUAUGUUGAGUAAGACACUUCGUCACCAAUGAAAAGGCAACCGUGUGUCUAAAUCAUAUCCAAAACCUUUGGGACUACUCGGCUUGUCACCCAAGAGGCUCUGGUAGCAGUUCUGGAGCUUUUCAGCGGUGUCACAUGAUCUCCUGCAGUGUUGAUCAGGGUCAAGUCCACCCUGCUCACAGUUAAGAUGAGGAACCCAAAGCUCUACUAAAGGACAUCGCUGUGUAACGGCUCUGCCAAUUCAUUUAAACCCAUCUAGGGCAUUUCCAUGACUCCAGAUCUAGUUGUAGCUUGCCUAAUACAGCCAUACCGUAACAGAUGAUCCACCCCCCCAUGAACAAACGCCCCGUGUGAAUGCAGUGAAUACACUUCUAACCCAUCUUUUCAUUGUCUGGAUAUACACUACCUCAACCACCCAGCACCAACAUCAAUACUUAUGCCGGCAGCCCAGCACACAGCGAUUUAUCAGUCAAGUUCUAAUCAAUGAGUCCAGAAAAAAAAAAGAGAACCUCACACAAUGGUGCAAUACUGUAUGUGAUGUAAAGCAGUAAAGGCCAGAUGAUGUGUAUCAGGCUGUCACUGACCAUCAUGCACACUCGAUGGAGUCACUCCGUUCUGUCCAUUCGUCGGUCUGUGUGGGGGUCGUGCACACUGAAGAAGACAGACGACGGGAGAGGGGCUUGUAUUUUCAGUGAUGUGGUUUUUCUUGAAAUGAACCCUGGAUUCUGCCCCAGCAGCCACUAGCGGCGAUGGUGCAGCCGUACGCAUCAUCAGAUCAGUGAGCUUCUCGUUUGAUGUGACGGGUCUAAUCUCCUCAGUCACAAUGUAAAGUAAAAAAAGAAAAGAAAAGAA